AAGGCAAAUCGUCUCGCCGGCUCGCGCCUGUGAUGUCAUUCGCGUGCGCCUGAGCCCUUUAAUCCGGGACUGGCAACUUUGCCGGAGUCUUGGGGGAAUAAGCGAGCGCCGGUUAUGGCUGCACUCCGCCGUGCUUUGAAGACGCAUUUCGGCCACGAAAAGUUCCGAUCGCAGCAGCAGGAGGACGCGGUUAAAGCCAUCGUUAAAGGUGACCGGGAUGUGUUCGUGUGCAUGCCGACGGGCGCAGGGAAAUCCCUGUGCUACCAGCUUCCUGCAGUGCUGGCACCGGGAAUAACUCUGGUCAUAUCGCCGCUUAUAGCGCUCAUUCAGGACCAGGUGGACCAGCUGCAGUCGCGGAACAUUCCAGCAUGUUCCAUUAACUCCAAGCUCCCCGCCCAUGAGCGGGGGACCAUCUUGGCGGACCUGCAGAGCGAGAGCCCCCGGCUGAAGCUGCUGUAUGUGACCCCAGAGAUGCUGAGCUCGGCCUCCUUCCAACCCUGCCUGGCGUCCCUGGCCUCGCGCAGCCUGGUCUCCUACCUGGCGGUGGACGAGGCUCACUGCGUCUCCCAGUGGGGCCACGACUUCCGGCCGGACUACCUGAAGCUGGGGGAGGUGCGGGGCCGCCUCCCGGGGGUGCCCUGCGUGGCGCUGACCGCCACGGCCCCCGCACGCGUGCGCCAGGACAUCUGCCGUGCCCUACGCCUCCGCUCGCCGCUCUCCUUCGCCACGCCAGUCUUCCGCAGUAACCUGCGUUAUGAUGUGGUGUACCGCGAGCUGCUGGACGACCACUACGCCAACCUGCACGCCUUCAUCUUGGAGGCACUGGGAGGGGCCGCUGCUGCCAAGGGCUGUGGGAUCGUUUACUGCCGCACCAGAGACGCCUGUGAGGAAGUGGCUUACCGGCUGACUCUGCUCGGGGUCCUGGCCAAGCCGUACCACGCAGGACUCAAGACGGGUGACCGUACGGAGGCGCAGAACAGCUGGAUGCAGGGCAAAGUGGCUGUGAUCGUGGCCACCAUCAGCUUCGGCAUGGGCAUCGACAAGGCUGACGUCAGGUUUGUGGCCCACUGGAACCUGGCCAAGUCCCUGGCGAGUUACUACCAGGAAUCGGGCCGCGCCGGAAGAGACGGGCUGCCGUCUUCGUGCCGGGUUUACUACUCACCUCGGGAUCGGGACCAGAUCAGCUUCCUGAUCCGCAAAGAGAUCAGCCGCAUCCAGGAGAAGCGCGGCUCAGAGAAGGAGCACGACAAGGCGGCCAUGACGGACUUUGAAGCCAUGGUGGCAUUUUGUGAGCAGGAGGGAGUCUCCAGGUGUCGACAUGCCACCAUCUCCAAGUACUUCGGGGACCAGAAGCCAGACUGUGCCGGGGCCUGUGACUUCUGCCGGGACCCCAAGGCGGUGCGUGCCCAGCUGGAGGCUGCUGGCCGCCUCAGCACCACCAUCGGUGGGGCACAGGGCAGCGAGCCCCGCGGGCCCUUUGGCUUCGACCCCGAGCUAUAUGCCGGGGGCAGGAAGGGCUACGGCUUUGAGAGGUAUGACGAGGAGUCGUGGUCCGCCCCCGAGGAUGACUCAGAGAAGCGCAGGAAGGAGUUCGGCGACUUCUUCAGAAGGCAGAUGAGCAUGCGCAAGGUAGCUGAUGUGUCGAAGGAGACCUUUGUCCCUCCAGAUCCAGACUGUCCACUCCGGGAGGCAAACAGCCAGCGAAUCCCAAGGCUUACAGUCAAGACUCGGGAACACUGCCUGUCGCUACUGGAAAGUGCCUUUAGGAACCAACAGGGGGCAGCAGACCCCGCAACCAGCUCUGACUUCCAGACCUUAGCCAUGGACCUCGAGCACGACAUCUUCAAGAGCAGCAAGUCUGCCAAUCUGUACAGGGCAGCCGUGCUGAAGAGGGUGUCGGAGAUGAGGAAGGGGGUGGAGGGGGAGAAGUCAGCCCCCGGGGAGGUGGUGGAGGAGCCCAGCUGCCUCUUUGACGAAGGAGGCGUGCAAACCGAUCUGAAAGAGACCCCACCCUCUGUCUCGUCGCUGCCCUCUGAAGAGGCUGUGGGAUUUACAUCAGCCUCCCAGAUUUACUCUCUGAAGCGUAAGCGAGUAGGGGCGGGGCUCCGUGGCUCCUCAAACCCCCUCCUGGUGGCCAGCGAGCUUCUGGGGGGCCCCAAACUAAACCACUUGGUCAUGGUUGGAACUAGCAAGGGAGAAGGAGGAGAGCUCCAGGCCCCCACCCCAGAGGGCCCCGUCAGGUCUGCUGGGGGGGGGGAAGGAGGGAGCAGGACCUCCUGUACAGAUGCCUCCCCCAGCAAAACCACCAACCUGCUGGCCAGCCCCACCAAACGGGGGUGCAAGGCCCCCAGCAAGAAGCACCUGAAGCUAGCUGAAGCUGCCCGCCAGCUCCGCCCCAUCUCGCAAUUCUUCAGGCCAGUUGUGGGGUAUAAGGAUCAGAACGCCGAGUCCUCGACUGGGGGGGAGAUGGGGCCCCAGCCUCAUGACCAGAACCAGCAUCCCCAUCCAGACUUCCCCACUCCUGAGCACCAUCCGCAGGAGGACCCAGAACCAGCUUCAGAACCCCCCAGUGACGAUAAGCCGGUGGGCGGAACUUUGGACGGGAAACCGUCGGAGAAGUUUUCAGAGGAGUCUGAGCUGGCCGUGACCGCGUAUCCACGUGAGGAUGACCGGCGCCCCCCGCAGGCCAAACGGAGCCGGCGGCAGCAGGACGGAGGGAAGAGGGUGACGUUCAACCUGGAGGUGCAGCAGAGCAGAAUUCGACUGGAUGCAGAGGUGCCACCCCAAAAAGCGCAGAAGGGGGUGUCCCUCAAAGAGGCGGCGGACAUCGUGGUGCGAUGCCUGGACCCGCUGUACGCUCAGGGCAAGUUCGCCACCAAGGACCUUUUUAAAGCUUUUGCCCGCUUCCUGUCUCACCUGCUCACAAAGGGAAAGCGACGUGGGAGGAGCCAAGUGAAAGGAGAUGUCGAACGUCUGAUUGGCCAGCUCUUCAGCACCGUUCAGCGCUGCGAGAGCGAGGCGGACUGGCAGCAUUUGGGAGGAUCCGGCCGGGCCGGGGGCGAGAUGGACCAGGGGAGCAGAGGUGGAGACUCGGAGUGCCUCUCAGCUCCAUCGUAACCCGGAGACCUCGGAUCCAGAACUCGGACUGCUGCCGCACUCACCAACAGCCUAGUGCACCAAAGGAAAGACAUAAGCCAGUUAGUUCUGGGCAGGGUGAAGAUACUGCUACUGCCCUCCCACGCUGCUUCUCAACUCAACGAGGCCUUUUCGUGAACUUUGGAAGUGCCACCUGAGGGGACUUAAUUUUGCCUCCCCACCCCCAAAACCAUUUACAGUCUGCCGGUGUAACUAUAGUCUGUCAGUUUUGUUCUCCUUUUAAUUUAUCGUUUUUACAUGUCACCUUUUUGUUCAAUUUUAGAGUAUGGAAGAAUUAUAAAAUCAGUUUAUCUGGCAGUUUUUGUUGUAUAUGUCUGUUUGUAUAUCCUUUGCGUUUCUUGCGGUUUAAUUUUGUUGCGUUUUGACUUCGCUUUCUAAAAGUCGACCUCAUCUGGGAAUUAAUCAUCUUGGGGAUGUUGUCGCUUUGCGGUAGCGCCGCCUGAGCGAAUGCCCGCGUGAACGCGGAGUUGGGUUAUUCUCUUCUAAGUCUUCUAUGCCACUGUGAUCCAUAAAGCUGCUUAGACCCUCCAAACGAGACCCGGCCGUUUACAAUAAAUGAAGUUCCUGUGAACACCUCUGAAUUGA